ACCUGUGGAGCGAGCCGGAGGAAUUCAGACUUUCUAAGUUUUUCCUGGGGGCUGGAAUCGGAAGCUUAUUUGCUCUGGUCCUCUCCCGCAUCCUGAUUGUCCCAAUGAGCAUCACCGAGGACCACAAAAUCCAGCUGAUGUACGGCAUGGCAGGUGUGGGCGCUCUGGGAUGGGGCACCUCCCCGCACUUCCGCUGCACCAGCCUCCUGGUGAUACCCAAGUUCAUGGGCAAAGAAGGACGGCUCUACGUGCUCACCUAUGUGCUGGCUAACAUCUACGAUGGCCCCGUGGCCAACAUCCGGCACAACCUGGGCGAGGUGGUGCGCUCCAUCAGCUGCACGGUGGAGCUGCAGAUUGAAAACGCCAAGCGCGCCUGGAAGGUGUCGAUUGCCCCCCUGCGCAAGGUCCUGAUGGACAUGGUGAAGAGCGGGAAGACCCUGAGAAGCGAAACCCGAGAAGUAUCUCGCUCCUUCUUGGCCCUGAAUGAGCAAGUGGCCAGCGAGUCUGGCUACAACGUGCGCUCAGUGAGGGAGGAGAGCAAGAAGCACCCGCUUUCCACUCAGGAACUCUACGAGGAGAAAACCCGGAGGCGCUGCUCAUACAUCAUAGAUCAGUCCAUCAUGCGCUGCAAGGCCUGGUUCGAAACCAAGCACGCCUCCUGCCUGAGGAAGAUUGCGGUGCCCGUCAUUAACCACCUCCUCUGCAUUCCCAUGAAGUUCAGCUUCAUCUGCCACCUUGCCAAGAUUAUGCACACCUGGUGCCGCGACAAGAUUCCCGUGGAGGGGAACUUUGGCCAAACCUACGACCGCGUCAAUGGCUCCGUCGACAACUUAAACCAAGACUUCACUGCUGACUUAGUGGUCAAGGAAGAACACCAAGCGAUGCUCGUAGGUGCCAACAUCUCCCACGAACACCUGGUGGAAGAGGUCAAUGAACAGGUGGCCCUGCACGGCGGCCGUAUCAGCACCUCCAUGUCUGUGCUCCGCGUCUUGCUCUCCUGCACCUUCGUUGUCAUUUUUGCCUCGGCCCACUCCUACACAAAUAGUUACAACCAGGACGUCCGCUUCGACAACAUUUACAUCACCCGCUAUUUUCGGCAGAUCGAUGCCCGGCGUCGGAAGCAGAAGAAACGGACUCUCCUUCCUCUGCGCCGUGCUGAGCUUCCUGGCUAUAUCGAUCCGUACCAUCUCAUGUUCCAGCCGGCAGAGACCAAGAACCUGAUGUCGGAGCUGCUGGGCUGCCUGCCGUCCUUGAUCUUCCUCCUGCUGGCCUUCUGCCUCGAUUACUUGCUCUACAACAUAUUCAGCGCCAUCCGACACCACUCCUUUGUGGAGUACUCUUUCAGCAGCAGCCAUCACCUGGAAGUGAAAAUCGGCGGGGACACGAUGAUGGCACGACUCCUCCGCAGCACCAUUGGGGCCUUGAAUACCUCCUCAGAGAUGGCGAUGGAGGCCACCAACGUGCAGUGUCUGCCCGAACCUCAAGGGAUGUCCAGAGCGCAGUACCAGGACUCCUGCAUCCCCCUGGGCGCCUUGUUCCUGCUUUGUAUUGUCCAGGUAUACGUCUACCGUAUCCGGAGGGUCAUCGCUGCCUUCUAUUUCCCCAAGCGGGAGAAGAAGCGUAUUCUCUUCCUCUAUAAUGAGAUGCUGCGGCAGCGGGCGGCCUUCAUCACGGUGCAGCGGAAGCGCAUCAUCCAGAGAUCCCGGCGGCAGAAAAGACUGGAAAAGCCCCUCCUGGACCGGCUGGGCCGUUGGUUCCCGUUCCUGCAGCGUUUUCUCCGCCGGCGUUGCAUUCUCUGCGGCUUGCCCGAAACCUGCAACUCGGUCCUCUGUGCAACCACCAAUUGUGGCACGGUCUACUGCCGGCUGUGCUGGAAAGACAUGGGCGAAAUCUGCUUUGCAUGCGGCCAGGAUGACGUGGUCUCCGAUGACGGCACCAGCGAGGAGGGGAUGGGCUACGCCCACUGA